CGGCGGUUGUUUGUUGGAGUCGCAGAUCUCAGUCCUCCGUUUGCCGGCGAUAUUGUUUGUUCCCUGACGCGAGUCUUUCGGUGGAUUCGGACCUCCUCCUCUCUGUCGUCACAUUGCACCGCUACAAAAGCCGUAUGGAGAAACGGGAGCCGGUCGAAAGCGGAUCGGGAAGCGUCGUGUCGAAAUGAGGGCGAUGAACGCGCUGCUGAGGCGGGCAUCGAGCAGCGGCGGCUGGCGGUGUGUGCGGCGCGGGCUCUGCUCUGAGUCGGAUCCGAGCUUCGGGUUGCUGUUUGACAUCGAUGGAGUGUUGGUUCGAGGAAAGACCCCCAUCCCGGCCGCAAAGAGAGCUUUUCAGAAGCUGGUGGACACCAAGGGCCAGUUCUUGGUCCCAGUCGUCUUUGUCACAAAUGCUGGAAACUGCUUACGACAGAAGAAGGCUGAUCAGCUGUCACACAUACUGGGUGUUCCUAUCUCUCAAGACCAGGUCAUGAUGUCUCACAGCCCUUUAAGGAUGUUCAAGAAAUAUCAUGACAAGUUUGUGCUGGUGUCUGGACAAGGUCCUGUGCUCGACAUCGCCAAAAACGUGGGCUUCACAAACGUGGUUAGCAUCGAUAUGCUGCGUGAGUCUUUCCCUCUGCUGGACAUGGUGGACCACAACAGGAGACCCAAACUACCGUCUUCUCCUGUGGCGAACCUGCCCAGAGUGGAAGCUGUAGUUCUGUUCGGGGAGCCCAUCCGGUGGGAAACAAACCUGCAGCUGAUCGUGGAUGUGCUUCUGACCAAUGGGAAUCUGAGCAGCGCUUAUGAAACGGCUCACUCCACACAUCUGCCUCUCCUGGCCUGCAACAUGGACCUGAUGUGGAUGGCAGAGGCUCAUUCCCCCAGGUUCGGUCACGGCACCUUCAUGGUGUGUCUGGAGAGCAUCUAUAAGAAGAUCACUGGGAAAGAGCUGAAGUACGAGGCGUUGAUGGGGAAACCCAGUGAACUGACCUAUCACUUCGCUGAGUUCCUGAUCAGAGAACAGGCUGUGGAGAGAGGCUGGAGAGCACCAAUCAGAUCACUGUAUGCCAUCGGAGACAACUUGAUGACUGAUAUUUACGGAGCAAACCUCUACAACCGCUACCUCGAGGACCGCGUGUCCCGGACGUCCACCAAAGCAGUGGCCAACAUGGUGACGGGCACCGGAGCGCCCGCCAGUGUCCCGGAGGAGGUGGAGACGGGGAACGGCUGGGAGAGUGAGCUAGCGUCGCCCUCCGCCACGUCCUGCAAGUCCAUCCUGGUGUGCACAGGAGUCUACAACCCGCACAUGGAGCUGCCCAGAGACGCCAGCCAGUGCAUCAAGGAGACGGUUUUCCACGGACACCGAGAUUUCCGCUUCGACCCCGCGCUGGUGGAGCCUGAGAAAAUCGUGCAGGACGUGGACGCCGCUGUUGAACUCAUCUUCCAGAUGGAGAAGUUCGGGACUGAGGUUUAGCUUCACUAACACAGUAUUAUAACAUCAACAGUCCAUAAUAAAGGGGUAGUUCACGCAAA